GGGCGGUGGCGGAGGCAGGGGAGGCCGCGGCGGCGGCGGGGGACGCGGGGAGCAGAGGUGGUGGGACCCAGAGUGGCGCGCCGAGCGCCUCCGGCAGAUGCAUGGGGAGGUGGAAAAGGUUGAUGAGAAUGAAUGGUGGAACAAGAUUGGGCAAUUAAGAGAAGGGUCCCAGCAGGAGCUAGUAGUGAAGCGGAAUUUUGGACGGGAUGGACAGAAUAUACUUGCAAACAUGGCUCAGAGACAAGGGCUUUACUUAUAGUAAUGCAUACAACAGAGGGAAGACACUUGUUUUCAGCAAGGUACCCUUACCUGAUUAUCGAGCAGAUCUGGACGAUAGGCAUGGGUCAACACAAAAGGAGAUUAAGAUGUCUAAUCAGACAGAGGCACGAGUCGAAAACCUUUUGUCCAGGUCAAAGUGGAACACCAACAAUUCUGCAAGCACAUCUACCGUCUCAAUGAGACAAUUUUUGCCUAGCACAUCUUCGUCUGUAGUUGAACCAGCAGCACCAAUUGGAAAAGAAAAGCUCAGUUCUCAGCUUAGGGAUUUGCAGAAUUCAAGGAAGACGACAGCAAGUGCUAGAUCAAUGCAAUCUUUCAGGGAGAAAUUACCUGCAUUCAGCAUGAGAGAGGAGUUUCUGAAAGCAGUGGCUGCCAAUCAGGUUCUGGUCAUUUCUGGCGAGACAGGCUGUGGUAAAACAACCCAGCUUCCGCAGUUCAUACUAGAAGAAGAAAUAAAUAGCCUCCGCGGUUCUGAUUGCAGCAUAAUUUGUACUCAGCCCCGCCGUAUAUCUGCCAUUUCAGUAGCAGCAAGAGUAGCUGCUGAGCGAGGUGAAGAACUUGGUGAGGCUGUUGGAUACCAGAUUCGCCUUGAAUCAAAACGGUCUGCACAAACACGGUUGCUGUUCUGCACUACCGGAGUUUUGCUUAGAAGACUGGUUCAAGAGCCUGACUUAAUUGGGGUGAGUCAUUUAUUAGUUGACGAAAUUCAUGAACGUGGCAUGAAUGAAGAUUUUCUCAUCAUAAUACUGCGUGACCUUCUACCAAGACGUCCAGAUCUUCGCCUUGUACUGAUGAGUGCAACUAUAAAUGCUGAACUAUUUUCCAAGUACUUUGGAGAUGCUCCAGUGAUGCACAUCCCGGGGUUCACUUUUCCUGUUGCUGAAUUGUUUCUGGAAGAUGUUCUAGAAAAGACUCGUUACAGGAUCAAUUCCGAAUGUGAUAAUGUUGCAGGUAGUUCAAGGAGAAAGAGGUUUUCAUCAGUUAAGAGUGAUCCACUAACUGAUGUUUUUGAGGACAUUGACAUUAAUAAGGAGUAUGGAAAUUACAGCAUUACAACAAGGCAGUCCCUUGAAUCUUGGUCUGCUGCUGACCUAGAUUUGAGCCUUGUGGAAAGUACAAUCGAGUAUAUUUGUCGCUAUGAAGCAGAAGGUGCAAUCCUUGUGUUCCUUACUGGCUGGGAUGAAAUUUCAAAGCUUCUGGACAAGAUUAAAGGGAAUAAUUUCCUUGGCAGUCCUAAUAGAUUUCUUGUUCUUCCUUUGCAUGGUUCUAUGCCAACUGUGAAUCAACGUGAAAUUUUUGACAGACCACCAGCUAAUAUGAGAAAAAUUGUUUUGGCAACCAACAUUGCGGAGAGUAGUAUCACUAUAGAUGAUGUUGUCUAUGUGAUUGAUUGUGGUAAGGCCAAGGAGACAAGCUAUGAUGCCUUGAAUAAGCUCGCAUGCCUUCUUCCGUCAUGGAUAUCAAAAGCGUCUGCUCAUCAGAGGAGAGGUCGUGCGGGCCGUGUUCAGCCAGGUUUUUGCUACCGGCUCUAUCCAAAGAUCAUUCAUGAUGCAAUGCCACAGUUUCAGUUGCCUGAAAUUCUCAGGACUCCUUUGCAAGAACUAUGCCUUACCAUUAAAAGCUUACAGCUUGGAGCAGUAUCCUCCUUUUUAGCCAAGUCACUGCAGCCACCAGAUCCACUUUCUGUUAAGAAUGCAAUUGAGCUUCUUAAAACCAUUGGUGCACUGGAUGAUACGGAGGAACUCACCUCUCUUGGGCGACAUCUCUGUACUCUCCCAGUGGACCCAAACAUUGGGAAAAUGCUGCUUAUGGGAUCUGUAUUCCAGUGCCUGGAUCCAGUAUUGACAAUUGCUGCUGCUCUCGCAUAUCGUAAUCCAUUUGUCCUACCAAUAGAUAGAAAAGAAGAAGCUGAUGCUGUCAAAAGAUCAUUUGCUGGUGACUCCUGCAGUGAUCACGUUGCUCUUCUUAAGGCGUUUGUAGCAUGGAAGGAGGCUAAAAGGAGUGGUAGAGAACGCACUUUCUGUUGGGAAAAUUUUCUGUCCCCCAUGACCCUGAAGAUGAUGGACGACAUGCGAAAUCAAUUUUUUGAUAUACUAUCUGAUAUUGGGUUUGUUAGCAAGACAGCAGGAGUGAAGGCAUAUAACCAUUAUGGUAAUGAUCUGGAGAUGGUUUGCGCUGUCUUAUGCGCUGGGCUUUACCCAAAUGUUGUGCAAUGCAAAAGGCGAGGCAAGAGGACUGUUUUCUACACCAAAGAUGUGGGAAAAGUGGACAUUCAUCCGUCAUCAGUCAAUGCAUUUGUAAACCAAUUCCCAUUACCUUUCUUGGUUUAUAGUGAGAAGGUGAAGACUGCUAGCAUUUAUGUAAGGGACUCGACAAAUAUAUCGGACUAUGCCCUUCUACUUUUUGGUGGUUCACUUAGUCCGAGCAAAACUGGAGAAGGCAUUGAGAUGCUUGGGGGUUAUCUUCAUUUCUCAGCUUCAAAGCGUACCAUAGAGUUGAUUCAGAAAUUAAGAGGUGAAUUGGACAAACUCCUUCAGAAAAAGAUUGAGGAACCUGGACUUGACAUCUUUUCACAAGGAAAGGGUGUCGUGGAGGCAGCUGUAGAACUGUUACACAGUCAAACUUUCUUCCAUUAGAUGCCAAAUAUUACACGUUAUGAGGACAAGUUUCACACUAAACCAAAGCGAUAGCAGCGUAUUCUUUUGUUAAUAUCUGUUGCAGUUUGGUUCCUAAGAUAUUUGAGACAUUGCCAUAACACCAGAGGAGGUAUAUCAACAAAUUUUGAUAUUUGACACGACACCUAAUCCGCAGCUUCAUUGUUUUUAGCA